CUCCUCUCACCUUGUUGUCAAAAUCACCUUUCCCCACUUUGCUAUUUGUUUGCUUUCCUGCCAUUUGGAGUCAGAAAGAAAACAGAUGGGGCUCCACAGAGAGUGAUGGUGAAGCCUGGGCCACGCUGCCAGAGCUGGGUAUUUUCAGAUGCCCGGGCACCACCUGUGUGACUUUUCCUCCCUUUCUUUUUAAAAGCAAACACCACAGCAGGAUGUAAGCUCACCAAUUACCGCGCACACAGAAAUGACAAAGGAACUGCUGGCCUAACUAACGAGCAUGACUUCAAAGGACCGUGGAGAGGAGCCCCUGCCUCCUGCUAGACAUUUAAGGGCUGUGCUCUCGCUGGGAGGGCACUUGCUGGCAGGGCUCCACUGAAACGGUGACUUGCCAGCCUGAGACUUUCCUUAGAGUCUGCACAAGGAGCUCUAUGCAGUGAAGAUACGAAGGCUGGCUACUGUCAGGGCCGCGGUCUGCCUGUGCGGCCCAGAUACUGCCUCGGACAGAGGAAGGAAUCUAUGAAAGGGAGCAAUCAUGUCUCCAUUUCUUCGAAUUGGUCUGUCCAACUUUGACUGUGGGUCCUGCCAGUCUUGUCAAGGAGAGGCCAUGAACCCUUACUGCGCUGUGCUCGUCAAAGAGUACGUUGAAUCAGAAAACGGGCAGAUGUAUAUUCAGAAAAAGCCAACCAUGUACCCGCCCUGGGACAGCACCUUUGAUGCCCACAUCAACAAGGGUAGGGUGAUGCAGAUCAUCGUGAAGGGCAAAAACAUGGACCUCAUCUCUGAAACCACCGUGGAGCUCUGCUCCCUGGCAGAGAGGUGCAGAAAGAACAACGGGAGGACAGAAAUAUGGUUAGAGCUGAAACCUCAAGGCCGAAUGCUAAUGAACGCAAGAUACUUUCUGGAAAUGAGCGACACAAAAGACGUGGGUGAAUUUGAGGCUGAAGGCUUCUUUGCUCUGCACCACCGCCGAGGAGCCAUCAAACAGGCCAAAGUCCACCAUGUCAAGUGCCACGAGUUCACCGCCACCUUUUUCCCACAACCCACCUUUUGCUCUGUCUGCCACGAGUUUGUCUGGGGUCUGAACAAACAGGGCUACCAGUGUCGACAAUGUAAUGCAGCAAUUCAUAAGAAGUGUAUUGAUAAAGUUAUAGCUAAGUGCACAGGAUCAGCUAUCAACAGCCGAGAAACCAUGUUCCACAAGGAGAGAUUCAAGAUAGACAUGCCGCACAGAUUCAAAGUCUACAAUUACAAGAGCCCGGCCUUCUGUGAGCACUGUGGGACCCUGCUGUGGGGGCUGGCUCGACAAGGACUCAAGUGUGAUGCUUGUGGCAUGAACGUCCAUCACCGAUGCCAGACCAAGGUUGCCAACCUCUGUGGUAUAAACCAGAAGCUAAUGGCUGAAGCCCUAGCGAUGAUUGAAAGCACCCAACAGGCUCGCUCCUUAAGAGAUUCAGAACACAUCUUUCGAGAGGGUCCAGUUGAAAUUGGUCUCCCAAGUUCAGCCAGACCUGAAGCAAGGUCUCCAUACUCGGCGACAACUGGGAAAAAAGAGCCUCAGGGAAUCUCCUGGGACUCUCCGUUGGAUGAGAUGGGUAAAGUGUGCCAUCCGUCAGAACCUGAACCAAACGUAGAAAGACCGACUCUGUACACGAAGCUAAAAAUUGAUGACUUUAUCUUACACAAAAUGCUGGGGAAAGGAAGUUUUGGCAAGGUCUUCCUUGCAGAGUUCAAGAAAACCAAUCAGUUUUUUGCAAUAAAAGCUUUGAAAAAAGAUGUAGUUUUGAUGGACGAUGAUGUGGAGUGCACCAUGGUGGAGAAGAGAGUCCUGUCCUUGGCCUGGGAACAUCCAUUUCUAACCCACAUGUUCUGCACGUUCCAGACCAAGGAAAACCUCUUUUUUGUGAUGGAGUAUCUCAACGGAGGAGACUUAAUGUACCACAUUCAAAGUUGCCACAAGUUUGACCUCCCCAGAGCCACGUUUUAUGCUGCUGAAAUCAUUCUUGGUCUCCAGUUCCUUCAUUCCAAAGGAAUCGUCUAUAGGGACCUGAAGCUAGACAACAUCCUGCUGGACAAGGACGGCCACAUCAAGAUAGCGGACUUUGGAAUGUGCAAGGAGAACGUGCGAGGCGAGGCGAGGACCAACACCUUCUGUGGGACUCCUGACUACAUCGCCCCAGAGAUCUUGCUGGGUCAGAAAUACAACCAUUCCGUUGACUGGUGGUCCUUUGGCGUUCUCCUCUACGAAAUGCUCAUUGGCCAAUCACCUUUCCAUGGGCAGGACGAAGAAGAGCUUUUCCAUUCUAUCCGCAUGGACAACCCCUUUUACCCACAAUGGCUGCAGAAGGAAGCCAAGGACCUUCUAGUGAAGCUGUUUGUGAGAGAACCUGAAAAGAGGCUGGGAGUGAGGGGAGACAUCCGCCAACAUCCUCUGUUUCGCGAGAUCAACUGGGAAGAACUUGUGAGAAAGGAGAUUGACCCACCUUUCAGGCCAAAAGUGAAAUCGCCAUAUGACUAUAGCAACUUCGACAAGGAAUUUUUGAACGAGAAACCCCGACUCUCAUUUGCUGACGGAGCACUGAUCAACAGCAUGGACCAGAACAUGUUUAGGAACUUUUCUUUUGUGAACCCAGGGAUGGAAGGGCUCAUCUCCUGAACCGCACUUCUCCAGAGACUUGAAGGAAUUUGCAUCCUGGCUGAGAACUGUUCAAGCAACACUUCUUGGGUCCCUUUUUCAAGUUGGGAAAGAAAAGAAACACUCAGCAAUAAAGGCUAAGACCUUUUAGCUCCUCACUUGACUCUUUACCUGUAGCAGAAACCAACCUACUUCACUAAAGACAAUGUCCUCUUUUCAUCUCCUGAUCUUUUCACAACCACCCUUGAAGUUAGGUCAUUACUAACCUUAGUUAUUUACUUGAAAAAAUGCCUCUCCACACUGCAAAGGAUUUGAAAGUUUAAUACUCCUUUAAAUUAUAGCUCUUCUCUUGGGCACCAACUGCCAAUCGGUGAAAUACUUAAUAAGUCAAGGUGCAAAGUGAACAAACUUCUCAAGUCUGAAACAGCCCAUUGCCUGAUGGGAGUGGAUCCGACUCGGCCACAGACAAAUAAUCACUAACCCAUUUUCUUCUGCACGUGUAAAUGUGGACAUGGAAAUGGCUUGGGAGGAAGACCUGAAUCAAUUCUUAUGGGAUUCUUCACAAUAAACCUAGCUUGUAACUUGAGAUUUACAAGUCAUUUCAUUCUGAUUAGCCAUGAAAUUCACAGAAAAGAGGGAAAUGGAAAGAGCUCAUGCCAAGGACAGGAAAGGUCAACUAGAACGCCUAUGCUGGUUAUCCUGCGAUGCAAAUUAAGUUCAGAAUCCAGUGAAGGUAGUAUCAUUUUGUUUCUAGUAAUAAAGCCUGUCUGUGCAUCUAUUCUCAGUCGACUUCAACAUCAGUGAAGUCAUUCAUUGCUAUCCUCACAUCCUGACAAGAAAGGAAAGGAAGUGCAUAAUUCUUCUAAGAGAAAAGAAAACCGAUCCCUUAUCAUCCAUUACUGGUGACUUGGGGACAAGUCUCUCUUUAGGCAUCAUUCAGAAUAAACGACCCCUGCAUGCUAUUUGCAGUAGCCGAUCUUGUUUAGAGCUCUAACUGUACGUUUUAACGUGUUUGCGAUGUUUGUAUAUUUGGAUAAAAUACUGUGACAAUGACAAAGAAAUGAAGGUGUCAAAGUAGAAUAAGAGAAGAAAGGCGCCUCUCAACAGUCUCAACUCCCUUCCUGCCUCCCCGGAGCUUCUUUUUCGAGCUGAUCACCAAAAGGUAUCUAGCACCAAUGUUUUGCAAUUUGGAAAUAAAAAUAAAUCCCAAAGAGGGUGAGAAGUGCUGAUAGCUUUCAAUUACUGUUGCUCUAUCCCUCUUUAUGCUCUCCGUUUCCCAAGGGGACGUCUAUGUAUGCUUCCUCUACUUCCUGCCACCCAUAGCCCUACUCCUUCAAGCCUCUGCUGGCCCCGCCUCUUCCGGGCCUCCCUGGUUUUCAUUCCUCACCCAUCUGCAGCUUCGUGCAGGAAAGCGUGCUGCCUCUGAACUCAGCCCCUGGGAUCCCCAGACAGAGCAUUCUCUUGUGACUCUUCCUUUGACUUUGCUCACCCCUCUGCUGGCUCCUUUUCUUCCUUAUGUCUCAAAUCUAAGGAUUUCUUUCCUUUUCUUUCUCUUUCUUUCUUUCCCUUGAUGCUCUCCUUCCUCUCUGUCUUCACGGACCACUGCGUGCUAUAAUCUCAAGUCCAUGCCUCCAGCUCUAGUCUGUCUGCCAGGCUUUCGUGGACUGUGCCCCCAGUGAGUCGUGGCGCUCUCUCAUGAUCAUAGUCUCACUUGCAUUUCCUGUUUCUGCUCAUGGCCCCACCGUGGCCCCCUUUAUUUGGGCCCAGAAUGACUCCUUAUCAACCAUUCCCUUCUAACCCCCUAACCUUCCUCAGACAGGUUUUAUUUUACCUUUACCAGCUCCUUAUGAUUCUACUGCUGCAGUUUCUCCCUGAAAUAUAUUUCUACUUUGUUUACUGCUAACCAUGACUAAAG